CGCGGGGAGGGGGAGUGUUUUCUCUUUUCCUCCGGUUCUUUGUAGGUGUUUGUAGGAUUCAGAGCUUCGCGGGUGGUGUCUGAGAGUUUAAAGAGAACGCUCACCGCCACCACCUUCCACGCACGUGUUAAAAUUCUUAUUUUCUAUCAGAAUUCAGCGUAUGUGUUUGACCAUGUUUAACUGGUUUAUCGUAUCUAUUUGAGUAUUAUAGUUACCUAUUGUAGUACUGGUGUGGGGGGAUGGUUAUCCUUAGGGAGUAUUGUAACCAGGAGAUAGUGGCACUGCUUUCCUGGGUAACUUCAGGCAGUUUGCCCAUCUGUAAAAUGAGGGUUUAAACUGAAUUGUUGGUUUCCAAAUUUGGUGUGGCGUGAGGAAUUCCUGGGGGGAGCUCCUUAAAAAUGUCAGGCGCUCGGGGGUGGGGUGCAGACACCUCGGGUUUUGCAGGCUAGCUGGCUGAUUCUCAUGCGCAGCCAGGUCCGGGAAGCUCUGGACCGCAUCAGCCCUAGGGGUCCCUCUGGCUUUAAGAUUCCCUACUUUUCUAGGAUACGGUUUUAAACUUACAGUGUUAAAGAAUGCUUUGGGACCGCUUUGCUGAACGGCUUUUUGCAUCAGAGACAGGGCCUGGGCAGCCUCUCCCUUUUUCUUUGCUUCGCCUCUGAUGCCCAGCCCUGACCUUGUGGAGCCAGGAUGGACAAAUUCCUGGUGAAGGGGGCUUUAAAGGGUCAUUUGGAAAAGAGGGAAGAGGGAAGCUUAGGGCAGGAGCAAGAGCAGAUGGGAGAAUGCUCCACCAUGUUGGGAGGCGAUAAGGAAAGCACAAGGAAAAGGCCCAGGAGAGAAACCCUGGAGGAUGGAAUCCCCUUGGCAGGCCUCAGCUGGCGGCACAUUCGGGCUGAGGGCCUAGACUGCGAUUACACGGUUCUCUUUGGCAGAGCUGAGGCAGAUGAGAUUUUCCGAGAGUUGGAGAAAGAAGUAGAAUAUUUUACAGGUGCCCUGGCCAAGGUGCAGGUGUUUGGGAAGUGGCACAGUGUGCCCAGGAAGCAAGCGACUUACGGUGAUGCUGGGGUGACCUACACAUUUUCAGGCCUAACUCUGUCUCCAAAGCCCUGGAUCCCAGUUCUAGAGCGUGUUCGGGAUUGUGUCUCUCGGGUGACUGGACAGACCUUCAACUUUGUGGUCAUCAACAGAUAUAAAGAUGGCUGUGACCACAUUGGUGAGCACCGAGAUGAUGAGAGAGAGCUGGCUCCAGGGAGCCCCAUCGCCUCUGUCUCUUUCGGCGCCUGCAGAGACUUCGUCUUUCGGCACAAGGAUUCUCGAGGGAAGAAGCGCUCCCGCAGAGUGGAGGCGGUGCAGCUGCAGCUGGCCCACGGCAGCUUACUCAUGAUGAACCACCCGACCAACACCCACUGGUAUCACAGUCUUCCCAUCCGGAAGAAGGUUCUGUCUCCUCGAGUCAAUCUGACAUUUCGGAAAAUUCUGCCUAUUAAAAAGUAAAAACGUUUUUACCAGUCAGUAUUUCUGUUUUCUCUUUUCUGCUCUGCUCUUAGAGGGAGCUGACAUUCCCUUUACCAGCAGAGAACAUAGAAGAGGUUUAACCAAAGUGUAGAGCUUAUUAUGCAAGAGUGCUGAAUUCAGAAAGAUGAUGUUUGUACCAAAUCAGUAAAUAAUAAAAAGAAUACCAGUUGACUUUUUUCCUA